UAAAAUUACACGCAACAAGUUGUUUUCAUUCAUUUGAUAUUUUUCCUCGCGAAAGAUGAAUUAAAUGCCCGGAUUUUCCUUCGAAAACUGUUCAAUUCCCUGGCAAAACAGGUUAAUAUCUUAAUGCACUUCUCGCAGUGUGCGUUUCUUCCAAUCAUUGAUUUUGAAAAUAUUUUGUUUAAUUUUCUUCAAUGUAUUUAUAAAACACAUAACAAUUAAAAAAAGACACACUUCACUGGGUUUUGUGUCAUUUUAUUGACUGAUUUUAUUAUAUUAAUUUAUCUAAGUCUAGCUUACAUUAACAAUUACAGAGAGAACCUUGUGCUACGUGGUGCGGUAGUGAAACUCCACAAAGUAAGACGAGUCGGAAUACUCAGAUGGCGGCCUUUACUACUAUGUUGGCAACAGCAAAGACGUCGGUGCGUUAUAUGCCCUCAUAUCGUCUUGAAGCAAUGCGACCACUGAAUAAGGAAGUAUGUGAAAACAUCAUCAGGACGGUAAUGGAAGAAGCGUUAUUGAAUUUCAACUACACGCCCAAGACCUCUUUGCAAUUUUGUGCCCUAGUCAGCGAAGAAAUUAAGAGUCGUAUUAAGGCCAAGGAUUACGAUAGAUACCGCUUCAUCGUUGUUGUUACCAUUGGCGAAAAACUUAUGCAGGGUUUCUAUUCAUAUGUAAACUUUUUGUGGGAUGCCGACAAGGAUGGAUACAUAUCGCACGUAAUAGAAACACCAAAAUUCUUUGCUGUAGCUACACUUUAUUACCUUUAUUAUGAUUGAAAUCAUUGUCAGUAGUCAGUCAUUUAUAUAUACAAUAAUAUCGCAAUAAAUGCAUAUGCCAUCUUGU